AUGGUUCUCUUAGUAGAAAAGCUUUCCCAUUCUCUCAAACCCUCCUCCAAGCUGGAAAACCACCACCACUGCUGCCACGACCACGGCCGGUCCAAAGACUUUUCGGCCUCUUUACAAGCCUUUCAGUCCCAUGUAUCUAGCUGCAUGAACAAACUAAGCUUGGAUUCGAUACCCGGCUCGGAAUUCAUUUCCUUGUCAUGGAUUCACCAAUGUUUGGAGCUGUUGUCCAAUCUGAACAGGGCUUUUGCAAAGCUAGUGAUGGAGAUUGACUAUCCCAUGAGCAAAUGGGACAUCACUUCCGCUGAAGAGUAUCUCAAUUACAGCUUGAAGUUGUUAGACUUCCUCAACGUGAUUGCCUCAUCGCUAUCUGAUCUUGGUCGAGCUCGGAUGUCGAUUUCUCAUGCCUUAAGCCUUAUCGAUGGCUCGCCUGAAUCGGCGAUGGAGAGGUUAAAAGCAGUUCGGUUGAUCAAGAAUCUAAACAAGGAGAUAAAAGUGGAAGAAAAGGAAGGGGGAGAAGAGAAGAGGCUCUGCUGUGGGGAUAAGAAAUGGCUUUUCGGUGAAGCCUUGAUGGUCAUGAAGAGAAAUGGGUAUUGGGUGUGCGGAAUUGUGUUGCUAGGAUUAUCUGGUGAUACAAGACCGUGCUUGGAGAUGGAAAAACUGUGCAGAGGGUUCCUUAGCCCUUCAGCAAUGGCGGCGAUGGAGAAGAAUGGGGCAGCAAAGGAGGUGAGAGAAGUGAAUGAUUGUGUGGUUUAUCUUGUUGCAGCGGUAGCCGUGGGAGAAAAUUACGGCGAAGCAGGAAAAAAUUUGGAAGGGAAAUUGGAGGCAAUGGAGAAGCUGCUGGAUGGUAUAGGGACGAGAGCGGAUGGUUUGUUUUCGGAGAUUAUGGCCGGGAGAAUUGAGUUGCUUGACGGUCUCCGACAGAUGAAGCCAUAG